AAAACUCGCUUAGAACUCAAGUCAACAUUAGGAAAGGCUCCCCAAUAAAAGUAUUAUUAUUAUUAUUAUCAUUAAAUAAUAACAUUACAGGGCCCCCUAAUGGUGACGCAGCACGCACGAAGGAGACGUGAAGGAAUUUCCGCUGACGUCAUCACGCACGGCUGCAGCUGUCUGAGACCAACAAUAACAAGCUGUACUCAACAACUCCGAUGCGGCUUUAACGGUGCCUACACCGCACAGAAAACCUCCCAGAUCCACAAAAAUGCGACCGUCGAAGUAGCUCUGGUCUCCCGCUUGUUUUUCGUCCUCCGUGUCGAAAAACCGGAUUUAUUUUGCCGUCGCGGCCGUAUCGCUGCGAAACUAAACACGGAGACAGACUCGGCCGCAAGGGGGAAGAGGGCAGUCCGGGGCUGCAUCUGGGUCAGCGGGCCCGUGGGUGGCUGUGCCGGUAUUAUCCCCCCGCAGUGUCCCGUUUCCCGUUGUCAUUCGCCCGCACGCACCUGUACGCGCCGCGGUAACAUGCAGGCUAACGGGGCAGGACAGGACCGGGAUUCGGAAGUGUCCUGUCGGAACGGUGCGCAAAACGGCGAGACGUCCUCCGCCGGGGCAGCUCAGUCCAACGGGCUGUCAGUCAUCAACAAUGGCAACGCUGUCAGCAGCAGCAGCAGCAGCAGCAGCAACAACAACAACGGAGUGUCAGAGCAGUCCGUGUCAAACAACAACAACAACAGCAGCAGCUCCUCGUCGUCGGAUGCCAACUCGGGCCUCAAGAAGAAGAAGCGUCUGUCUCAGUCUGAGGAGGAUGUCAUCCGGCUCAUAGGACAACAUCUACAUGACCUAGGUCUCAAUCAGACCGUGGACCUUCUGAUGCAGGAGUCCGGCUGCAGACUGGAGCACCCCUCCGCCACCAAGUUCCGCAAUCAUGUCGUCGAAGGAGAGUGGGAUAAGGCUGAGAGUGAUUUAAACGAGCUGAAGGCAUUGAUGCAUUCUCCCAGCGCGAUAGUGCGGAUGAAGUUCCUGCUGCUGCAGCAGAAAUACCUGGAGUAUCUGGAGGACGGGAAGGUCCUGGAGGCUCUGCAGGUCCUCAGAGCCGAGCUCACUCCUCUCAAGUACAACACGGAGCGCAUCCACGUCCUGAGCGGGUACCUGAUGUGCAGUCAUGCAGAGGACCUGCGAGCCAAAGCUGACUGGGAAGGCAAAGGCAUGGCAUCCCGAACAAAGCUGCUGGAUAAGCUCCAGACGUACCUGCCUCCAUCGGUGAUGCUGCCUCCCCGACGCCUGCAGAGCCUUCUGAAACAGGCUGUGGAGCUGCAGCGGGAGCGUUGCCUCUACCACAACACCAAGCUGGACAGUGGACUGGACUCCGUGUCUUUGCUGCUGGACCACACCUGCAGCAGGAAACAGUUCCCCUGCUACACCCAACAGAUUCUCACUGAACACUGCAACGAAGUCUGGUUCUGCAAGUUCUCCAAUGACGGCACAAAACUGGCAACCGGGUCUAAGGAUACCACGGUCAUUGUGUGGCAAGUCGACAUGGAAACCCAGCAGCUGAAGUUGAUGAAGACCCUGGAGGGUCACGCGUACGGCGUUUCCUACCUGGCGUGGAGCCCCGACGACGCAUAUCUGAUAGCGUGCGGUCCAGACGACUGCUCCGAGCUGUGGCUGUGGAAUGUACAGACGGGGGAGUUACGGACUAAGAUGAGUCAGUCUCAUGAGGAUAGCCUGACCAGCGUGGCCUGGAAUCCAGAUGGCAAACGCUUCGUCACCGGUGGGCAGAGAGGCCAGUUCUACCAGUGUGACUUGGAUGGAAACCUGCUGGACUCGUGGGAAGGUGUCCGGGUGCAGUGCCUGUGGUGUCUGAAUGACGGCCGGACCGUCCUUGCAUCCGACACCCACCAACGCAUCAGGGGAUACAACUUUGAGGACCUGACAGAUAGAAACAUAGUCCAGGAGGACCAUCCCAUCAUGUCUUUCACUGUUUCCAAAAACGGAAGGUUAGCUCUGCUCAAUGUCGCUACUCAGGGAGUGCACCUGUGGGACUUGCAGGACCGAGUGCUGGUGAGGAAGUACCAAGGGGUGACCCAGGGCUUCUACACCAUCCAUUCCUGCUUCGGAGGACACAACGAGGACUUCAUCACUAGCGGCAGUGAAGACCACAAAGUUUACAUCUGGCACCGCCGCAGCGAGCUGCCCAUCGCAGAGCUGACUGGUCACACCCGCACUGUCAACUGCGUGAGCUGGAAUCCCGUCCUGCCAGGACUGCUGGCCAGCGCCUCAGACGACGGGACCGUCCGUAUCUGGGGACCCGCCCCAUUCCUGGAUGUGCAGGAUGCGGAAGGGCCCAACGGUAUGAGCAUGAAAGCAUGUGCAAAUGUUGCAGCAUGGACAGCUGAUGAUCCGUCGCUGCCUUCGAGCUGACGAGCACUGAGACUCUGCAGACACUCCCGACGGGCGGAGCUGGAGCGGGCGACUCUGUGGUGACUGGACAGCUGGAGGUGUGGGCUGCGGUGUCACGACACUAAGACGUCAGACUCGGUACCUUAACUGAGAGCUGGUGCGGCGCGAAAAAAAAGCCUCGCUCCAGGACGUCCACUAUCCGAACCCACCCCUUCACCUCCCCGUCCCGUCCUCGUGUCUGGACCUCUUCCCCGGCAUCUUGCUGGGGGCCGUCCUCUUGUUGUUAUUUAUUGAAAACCACAUUAAUUAUUCAUGAGUAUUUUCACUGACUAGCACAAGGCUGUGACAUGGUGCAGCACAUGGUGGAGGUGUUCUUGUUUGUUUUGUUUUUUUUUUUUGUUGCUCACGUGAAGAAGCUUCAACUCUUUCUGAACUUUUUAAGAGACUUUAUCUGCUGCAACAUGUGAUGGAUGUGACACCCACUUGAAGAAAAAUCUUUUCACUCUAUGUUACUUUGUCUUUUUUAAAUGCAGGAUACCCUGAAUAUAGAGUAUUCCCCCUUUAAGCUAUCCUGCUUGUAUCCACAGAGAGGUUCAUAUUUGAGUAGCAUGCUGCAUAUGAUUGCGCAGGACAACGGCUGGUUGGUUAAGUCACGUUUUUUUUGUGUGUGUGUUUUUUGUUUUUGUUUUUUUUCACCCCGGCUGUACGUCCUGAUAUAUCUGCUAAGGCGUGUUGAGUGGUUUGAUGCCUUCUGAGAGCACACAGCAAGCUGACGUACGCAGACGGUGUUCAGUUUAAAGGAUUAUCCGUCAACUUUUAUCUUUCAUAUAUAGAUUACGGAGUGUAGUUUUCCCUCGUGCUCUCAGAUUUUUUCUUUUUAACUUCCUGUUGUGUCUUUACUCUUGAUUCUUUGCUUUUCAUUUCUGAUUUUAUUGCAGCUUGUUGCAUCUCUACCUUCACCCAAAACAGCAGCCCUAAUAAAUUAUCUUUUUGAUUUUGGUUUAGCCGUUAAA